GAGCGCCAAGUUUUGACAGAGCCGCCGAGGGAGGCCGCCUCUGAUUUUCUUCCAGGGGACUUCAUGGGAGCAACGAUGAACCCUGACAUUGCUGACUACUACUUCUUUGCCGGGCAGCCCUCCCCGCCUCUCAGUUACACGGGCAGUUUCUUCAUCAAGACGGAACAGUGCCAGGAUCAAGAGUCCCUCUUCAACCUGAUGUCAGGGAUCCUCGGCCUUUCCCCGUUCUCCGAAGGCCACCAGAGGCAACAGCUGGAGGCCGGCUACGGCAUCCCCAAGGCGAUCCAGAAUCACCUGGACCUCUAUUCCACCUGCCAGCCUGAGCUGAAUAUCUCCGUACAGCCGUCCUUAGCGGGUCAAGGCUACCCUGACUUCUCCGGCUCAGAGAGCAUCCAGCCGGUCCAAACGUCCCCUCAUGUGGGCGAUUCGUCCCAAUGCCUGUUUAACAAUAAACUGUUGGACAGUAAACAGGGCAUCAAGCUGUCUUCCCUCUCCCCCUCCCUGGAAAAGUUCAAGGCCCCCUGCUCCCACUGGGAUCCUCUCCACCAGAAUUAUUUGCCCACAGAGUACCCUUCUCGGGAGACCUUUCCUCCCCUAGAAACAGGCCAAGCGAUCCAGCUGGGCUCCAAAACAGAAAACCCCCUGUCCAUCAGCUGCCAGGCAGAACUGGGCAGCCUCUCCCAACAGGCUGGGUCCUUUGGGCAUGGCCUGGAUUUUGGCUGUCCCCCAGAAAGCUUCCCCAGCCAUGGCCAACUCCCCAGUGACUUUGUAGAGACCAAGAUCCCCAACCUUCCACCUCAGCUCCUCCAAGAAUUCGAGUCUUCCUUAUCUCGGCCGGAGGUCAUGCCAAACUUGAUGCACCCCAACGAGCAGAGGCUGCACGCCAAUGAUUCCCCGUCACUGGUCUCCAUGGCGGACUUUAACCUGGCCCUUUCCGCUGUUCCCUCGGCCGGCGCUUUAGGGCCCGGCAAUCCCAGCGUCCGAGCUGAGCCAAAGAAGAAACCCCGCCGAGGGAAGUGUUCCUCCAAAUGCUACUGCUCCAGGCCCCACGAGAAGGCCUUCGCCUGCCCGGUGGAGAGCUGCAUCCGGAGCUUUGCCAGGUCCGACGAGCUGAACCGACACCUUCGCAUCCACACGGGCCACAAACCCUUCCAGUGCCGCAUCUGCCUGAGGAACUUCAGCCGCAGCGACCACCUGACCACCCACAUCAGGACCCACACGGGGGAGAAGCCCUUCUCCUGCGACGACUGCGGCCGGCGGUUCGCCCGCAGCGACGAGAAGAAAAGGCACAGCAAGGUGCACCUGAAGCAGAAAGCCCGGACGGAGGAGAAGCUGAAAGGCCUCGGGUUCUACGCCCUGGGCCUGUCAUUUGGGACCCUCUAA